CUUUUUGGUUGUAUCUACUGGUUGUAUCAGAUACUUUUUUAGUAUCAGAUAAAAGUAUCUGAUACAUACAAUCCGACCCAUCCCUAGUUAGUUGCUGACCUGAGGUAGGUAUUGUGUUCUUGGAUGUUAUUGUAGUUUGUGGUAAUUUCAAAAAUGUCUGGAAAAACUUGUGCCGUUGGAAUUUGUAAAAACAGUGGCAAAUGUCCAAAUAUAUCAUUUCACAGAUUUCCUCGUGAUAAAAAAUUGAGGAAAAUUUGGAUUUUGAAAUGUCGAAGAGAAGACCAGUUUAACCCUGAUUCUUCCAGAAUAUGUUCUGUACAUUUUAAACCUGAGGAAUUCGAAAGAGACUUCCAGGGAGAACUAUUGGGGUCUCGUCUUAAAGCAAUUUUGAAACCAAAUGUAAUACCCACAUUGAAUUUAAAAGAUGGAGGUGUCAAUAUAACAGUUAGUACAAGACAAAAACGGAUGCUGGAUAAAAAUGAAAAGGAGAUGCCUGGGAGUGUUUGCAGUAUAUCUUCGUGCGACAAGGCACCAAAUUUUGAAGAUGCAAUAGAAGCCAAAAUUCAAAAUCGACUUCCAAAAUUAUUGAAACGUGAUUGCAUCCCUUCUUUGAACAUAAAACCUGAGAAGAAUCUGAAUGUUAACGUUGGUGAUAGCAAAAAGACCAGAUUGGAGAGAGCUGCUAAAAGGAACCAGAAAGAAUUCUUAAAAAGAAUCUUGGAAGCAGAAAAGGAACAAGACUAUGAGCCAGAAAAUGUUAAAUUGAAAAAUAAACCAGAUGACAUGGAUGAAAGUGGCAUGGAUAUGGAUCAGAAUGAUGAAAGAGGUCUGGUUGGAGAUAAGAUUUGGAGAGGAGGAUUUCUCAAUUCAUCUCUUCAAAGGUGCAAAUUCUAUUUGCAGAAUUAUUAUAAGAUGAGACUUAAAAAAUCUUGA